GUCUGAAUUUAGUAGACAGAAGUCACCAGGAACGCCUUGACAGGAUCCUGCUUUAGCUAAGGCUCCCUCCAGCUGCGGAGGGUGUUUUUGUUAGAAUCACACACUGCGUGCAACUGCUUAGAAUAGAGCCAUGAUCUCAACCACGAAAUGUGAACUUAUAUUUUGGAGAAACUCUCGGAGACGGACUUCUUUCCUAGCCUGAGUGUUGAACAGUGUCACGCCUUGGUGUUACAGCUCCCCGUUGUCUAGGUGAUGAAAUGACAAAACUCACUCUCUACUUCAAUCCGUGAAUUUGAAACAAUCUUUCAUCAAGUUCAGUCUCCUUUAGCCUCAUAUGGAAUGUAUCUCUCUGUCUGAUGUUAAACUAUGAUGACAUGUCUGUAGCUAUCAGAAAAAGAAGCUGGGAAGAACAUGUGACCCAAUGGAUGGGACAGCCUCUGAAUUCUGAUGAUUGUAACACAACAUGUCAUCAUGGACUCGUAGCUGAUAGAUUGCAGGCAAGUAUGGAAAAAGAUGCAACACUAAAUGUGGACCUCAAAGAGAAGUGUGUUUCACUACCGGACUGCUGUCAUGGUUCAGAGCUGAGAGAUUUUCUUGGGAGACCAAUGGGUCACGUUUCAAAGGAGGUGGGUGAAAAUGACAGCCCCGAAGGAGAAGAUCCAUUUCUCUCUCUGGAGGCCAGCACAGAAACAUUAGUGCAUGUUUCUGAUGAGGACACCAAUUCUGAUCUAUCACUGACCGAUGAUAAGAUUUUAACUACCCAAGGGCAUAAAACAUCAGACCAACAUAGCAUUGAAGGAGCAGGCUCCUUGGUAAAGACAUUGCCUAUCAUGGAAAAUAACCAAGAUUUUUAUACUUCCUGGAGAAUGGCUGGCAAAGCUGAUUUAGCACUGGUAGAAGAAAGUGGAGAGAAGAAAGUUGUUGACAUUAUAAGUAAAAGCCUGGAGCUUUGUAAUGAUAUAAGCUUACAUGAAAUUCAAGAUGCACCCAAAGUAAAUACAUUAGAUUCUUUGAAUGUGAAAGUUAUUGUGCCUGAGAAGCAACUGCUUAAUUCUGCUGUAAUUGCUCAGCAACGAAGAAAACCUGAUUUCCCUAAAGAUGAGAAUGAAAGAAACACCUGCAAUGUGGGUCACGAUGAGUUCUUGGCUGUUCCUUGCACAGACAGAGAGCCUCCAUUAUCAAAAGCAGAUUUUGGAAGCUGCCUUCCACAGCCUCCUUUCUGCACCAGUGGAAUGCCAGCUGAAAAUGGCCUGGAAAAGAGUGGUUUCUCAGAAUAUCAAAACAGAAGUCCUCCAAAGGUCAAUGCCGAAGAUGGCAUGCAGUGUUUACACUUACAGGAGCCUCUGGCCACCCAGGAACCGACAGAUAGCCAAGUCAGACUUCGCAAGAGAAAGGAAAUGAGAGAAGAUCGAGACAGGGCGCGGCUGGACUCCAUGGUGCUGCUGAUUAUGAAACUGGACCAACUUGACCAAGACAUUGAGAAUGCCCUCAGCACCAGCUCCUCCCCGGCCAGCACCCCAGCCAGCCUGCGGCGGCACGUCCCUGAUCUGGAAUCAGGAUCUGAAAGUGGAACAGAUACUAUUUCAAUAAUUCAGACACCAGAAAACCUGUCUUCCAACACUGAGUGCACUGACCUGCCAUCUUCCAUCCCCGUGGCCAAUUCUGGAACCAAACCCAAGACGGCUAUUCAAGGUACUUCAGAGAAGGAAAAGGCUGAAAUUGAAGCCAAGGAAGCUUGUGAUUGGCUACGGGCUACUGGUUUCCCCCAGUACGCGCAGCUUUACGAAGUUGUUUGUGUUUUUCUUGCAGAUCUCCUCUUCCCCAUCGACAUUACCCUGGUCAAGAGAGAGCAUGACUUCCUGGACAGAGAUGCUAUUGAGGCUCUGUGCAGGCGUCUAAAUACUUUAAACAAAUGUGCAGUCAUGAAGCUAGAAAUCAGUCCUCACCGAAAGAGAAGUGAGGAUUCUGACGAAGAUGAGCCUUGUGCAAUAAGUGGCAAGUGGACCUUCCAGAGGGACAGCAAGAGGUGGUCCCGGCUUGAAGAGUUUGAUGUCUUUUCUCCAAAGCAGGACCCCAUCCCCGGCUCCCCGGACGAUUCGCAGCUGCAGACCGCGGCGAGCCACGAGAGCAUGCUGACCGCCCUCAGCGAGCGCCCGGAGGUGUCUUCCAUCCGCAGCCUCAGCAGCACCAGCAGCCUCCCCACCCCUGGGCCCCACAGCGCCGACGCCACCACGCCCCGGACCAACUCCGCCAUCAGCAUCUGCUCCUCGGGCAACUUCAAUGGCAACGACGACUCUUUCUGCAGCCUGCCCUCGCCCAAGGAGCUGUCCAGCUUCAGCUUCAGCAUGAAGGGCCACGAGAAGAACGCCAAGUCCAAGACACGGAGUCUGCUGAAACGCAUGGAGAGCUUGAAGCUCAAGGGCUCGCACCACGGCAAGCACAAAGCACCGUCCAAGCUGGGGCUCAUCAUCAGCGGGCCCAUCCUGCAGGAGGGCGUGGACGAGGAGAAGCUGAAGCAGCUCAACUGCGUGGAGAUCUCCGCCCUCAACGGCAACCACAUCAACGUCCCCAUGGUACGGAAGAGGAGCGUGUCCAGCUCCACGCAGACCAGCAGCAGCAGCAGCCAAUCGGAGACCAGCAGCGCCGUGAGCACGCCCAGCCCCGUCACCAGGACCCGCAGCCUCAGCGCCUGCAACAAGCGGGUGGGCAUGUAUUUAGAGGGCUUUGACCCUUUCAAUCAGUCCACAUUCAACAACGUCAUGGAGCAGAACUUCAAGAACCGCGAGAGCUACCCCGAGGACACGGUAUUCUACAUCCCCGAGGACCACAAGCCCGGCACCUUCCCCAAGGCCCUUUCCAAUGGCAGUUUCUCCCCAGCCGGGAGUAACAGCUCCGUGAACUGGAGGACCGGAAGCUUCCAUGGCCCCGGCCAUAUCAGUCUGAGGAGGGAGAACAGCAGUGACAACCCCAAGGACCUGAAGAGGCGCAACUCCUCCAGCUCCGUGAGUAGCCGCCUCAGUAUCUACGACAACGUGCCUGGCUCCAUCCUGUAUUCCAGCUCCGGGGACCUGGCCGACCUGGAGAACGAGGACCUCUUCCCCGAGCUGGAUGACAUCCUCUACCACGUGAAAGGCAUGCAGCGGAUCGUCAACCAGUGGUCCGAGAAGUUUUCAGACGAGGGUGACUCCGAUUCCGCCCUGGACUCGGUCUCUCCCUGCCCGUCCUCUCCAAAGCAGAUACACCUGGACGUGGACCAUGACCGAACCACGCCCAGUGACCUGGACAGCACCGGCAACUCCCUGAAUGAGCCUGAAGAGCCUUCCGAUGUCCCAGAAAGAAGGGAUUCUGGGGUUGGGGCUUCCCUGACCAGGUGCAAUAGGCACAGGCUAAGGUGGCACAGCUUCCAGAGCUCCCAUCGGCCGAGCCUGAACUCCAUGGCACUGCAGAUCAACUGCCAGUCCGUGGCCCAGAUGAACCUGCUGCAGAAGUACUCGCUCCUAAAGUUAACGGCCCUGCUGGAGAAAUACACACCUUCUAACAAGCAUGGCUUCAGCUGGGCUGUGCCCAAGUUCAUGAAAAGGAUCAAGGUUCCAGACUACAAGGACCGGAGUGUGUUCGGGGUCCCUCUGACGGUGAACGUGCAGCGUACAGGACAGCCCCUGCCUCAGAGCAUCCAGCAGGCCAUGCGCUACCUCCGAAACCAUUGUCUGGACCAGGUGGGGCUCUUCAGGAAAUCUGGUGUCAAGUCCCGGAUUCAGGCGCUGCGCCAGAUGAAUGAGAGCGCCGUAGACUGUGUCAGCUACGAAGGGCAGUCCGCGUACGACGUGGCAGACAUGUUGAAGCAGUAUUUUCGAGAUCUUCCUGAGCCACUGAUGACGAACAAACUCUCAGAAACCUUUCUACAGAUCUACCAAUAUGUGCCCAAGGAACAGCGCCUCCAGGCCAUCAAGGCCGCCAUCAUGCUGCUGCCGGACGAGAACCGGGAGGUCCUGCAGACCCUUCUGUAUUUCCUGAGCGAUGUCACAGCAGCCGUGAAAGAAAACCAGAUGACGCCCACCAACCUGGCCGUGUGCUUAGCGCCGUCCCUCUUCCACCUCAACACCCUGAAGAGAGAGAACUCGUCUCCAAGGGUAAUGCAGCGUAAACAGAGUGUGGGCAAACCAGAUCAGAAGGAUUUGAAUGAGAACUUAGCUGCCACUCAAGGUCUGGCCCACAUGAUUGCCGAGUGCAAGAAGCUCUUCCAGGUUCCCGAGGAAAUGAGCCGGUGUCGUAAUUCCUAUACGGAGCAAGAGCUGAAGCCGCUCACGCUGGAAGCACUGGGACGCCUGGGUAGCGAGGAGGCCGCUGACUACAAGCACUUCCUCCAGGACUGCAUGGACGGCCUGUUCAAAGAGAUCAAGGAGAAGUUUAAAGGAUGGGUCAGCCACCCCACCGCUGAGCAGGCCGAGCUGUCCUACAAGAAGGUGAGUGAAGGACCCCCUCUGAGGCUUUGGAGGGCAACCAUCGAAGUCCCUGCUGCACCCGAGGACAUCUUGAAGCGCCUGCUGAAGGAGCAGCACCUCUGGGACGUAGACCUGUUGGAUUCAAAAGUGAUUGAAAUUCUGGACAGCCAAACGGAAAUUUACCAGUAUGUGCAAAACAGCAUGGCGCCCCACCCUGCCCGGGACUACGUUGUGUUGAGAACGUGGAGAACUAAUUUACCCAAAGGAGCCUGUGCCCUGUUGCUCACCUCCGUGGACCACGACCGGGCACCUGUGGUGGGCGUGAGGGUUAAUGUGCUCCUAUCCAGGUAUUUGAUGGAACCCUGCGGGCCAGGAAAAUCCAAACUCACCUACAUGUGCAGAGCUGAUCUGAGGGGCCACAUGCCAGAGUGGUACACAAAAUCUUUUGGACAUUUGUGUGCAGCGGAAGUGGUGAAAAUCCGAGACUCCUUCAGUAAUCAGAGCACUGACUACAAAGACGGCAAAUCCAGGUGAUUAUUGAAGCAAAGCAACUGUGUCCACCACCCAGAUGCUGGUUUCGAGAACCUAUCGGUCCUUGGAAGAGUGGCUUCCGUGUCUAAGUUGGAGUGUAGACAUGGACUAUAGCAAUUUGUUAACACUUUCAAAGCUGCUUCCUGAUUGUUUAAGGUCUGUGUUAUAGACCUUGACUGGAAUAUAUAUGACUGUGCAAAAAAAAAAAAAAAAUUGCAUUUGUAUUCUUAUUCAAAUUGCUUCUGAGAAGCAAAACUCUUUAAGUACAUUGUGAAAGAUGGUGAGGAUGUUUCCUUCUCUUGUGUACCUAUGUCAUUGUAUUUGCAUGUGUGGAGGGACUGGUGUAUCCACUGGAAGAGUUGGUACUCUCACGAGCAGAGCAGGGUUUGCACAGAGAAAUUUGGAUGUGUGUUUGUUGCUGGUUGAAUGGCAUAGAUGUGAAAGUCGUAAUGCAGUGUCUGGCACACUGAGACGCCUCCAAGAAGGACAUUGAUGUAUCAGGUUCAGUUUGACCUGGAGUAUCUGACUGCCCAGGGAUUCAUCCGGGAAGGGGACCCAACCCCCUUGUCCAGAUAUUGUUUUUGUCCCCUGUUGUUAAGCAUAUUCCUUCCCCAACCAACCUUUUCUUGACCUUAAAACUAACUGUAGGCCCAUUUUCAAACACUUUGUUUUGAGAUCUCAUUGCAAAGAGAGCUGAACUUUUAACUAGUAUAGGUUAGCUCUGUCCCUGCCCUCUUGCUGGCUAAACCACAGGGUUUUGUCCUUUGUUUUCUUCUUUUGGAUUGAGAUAUAAAAGCUAAAGACUCUUUAACAGUUACUCCUGGAGCAAGCAUCGAAACUUUUUGUCUGCUGAAAUUCUCGCCGUUUUUGUGUUUGUAACAGAAAUGCUUUGUGACAUUAUGGAUGGAACAGAGAAAGCUGUCUUAAGGAAAUCCCUGUAAAUUUAACUCAGCCAUGAGGGUUUUCCUUUUUUAGUUACUGUUAGCAGCUUUCCUGAAAGCCACACAUGUUUAUUAAUUGGGUUUAUCCUUAUCAGCAAAAAGGUUUUCUGGUCUUAGGACAUUUUGUUUUGUCUCUCUUGUGUUUUUUCUUUAUCUUUUCCUUAAAAGUGCCCUUGAAAUAUAUUUUAGCGGUAAUGGAAGGUAGUACUCUUUAGUUUUUAAAAAAAAGUACAGGUUUUUUGGUGUUUUUUUUUUUUUUGAAGGGCGGUCUUUCUACAGGUUUUACUGUAAUGAUAAAGAUUGACUCGAGACAGUAUUAAUAAAUUUAUUUUGUAUGGAUCAGAAGUGAAUAAUGUAUGAAUGAGAGUUGUAAGAAGGAUUUUUAUUUUGUUAUAAUUUAGUUACCGUUGUCAGUGUUAUUUCAAAGGUUAUUUGAAGAAUGGGGGGGUCAGGUUAGAGCUUUACAAUUUGAGUAUUUUUGAAUAUCAGUGCUCCUCUUCAUGAAGAUAUACUUGUAUAUUCAAUUUGAUGGCUUCUGGGUUUAUAAGAUUGUAUGUUGUAUAUACCAUUCUAUUAAGAAACAUGUACACAUGUCCACUGUGCUUUGAAACAUAGAUAAAGCAUGAUAAAGAUUAUUAUUUAAAAUAUCCUUGUAUUUAUACCUCAGAUAUUCUUUUGGGUUUUGUACCUCAAGGCUUUUCCCCCUCCCUACUGUAAAUACACUUUACAUAAAUACAGUCUAAAUGGGAAAAAAAUAAAUAAAGGAAGAGGUUUAUAACUUGCUUUAUAUCUGUACAGAAUAUAGUCAGUACGUGCACUAUUAAAUGUUUAAAGGAAGGGAAACGUCUGGCCUGCUUUCCUUUGUUUUGCAUCACUCACUCCCUUAAAACCACAGAUUGCAAAGCGCAGCACUGUAGCGUCAGCGAAAAUCAGAAGGUGAAUUCGUUGAAGAAAAAGUUGGACUGUAACCAUUCCACGGCCAGGCUGCAACGGAGCAAACAGGAAACGCUGGGAAAGGUUCAGGAAGGGCCCCUUGGGGAAGCGUGCUGAGAGAGGUGCUGCAGUGCAAAGCCAAGGUCACGGCUUGCUUGCACAAAAGAUCUCUCCUACUGUUUGGCUCUCCUGUGGAAAGGAUUUAACAGGAAUUCAAAGGAUGAAUUUUGCUUGGUCACCUGAAGCCCUAUCACCACGCCUUACUUGACGCAUUGCCUAGAUUGUAAGCUCUUUGAGGGCAGAGCACAAUUCCUACACAUCUUGAUAAUCCCCUGCUGCAGCGUUCCGUAUUCUGUACUUGUAGGCACCUAAUAAAUUUAUUAUUUCCUAA